AUGUUUGCCUUCCUUCGCGUGCUCGCCCUUGCGGUGUUGGCCAUCAGCUUCACAUGCGUCCGCGGGGAAUACAUCUUUGGAGGCUGCGGAGAGGAUGUCUGCGAUGUUCUCAUGCAGGUCGCAUACAACGGCGAGCACACGCACGCCGGCAUCCGUGCCAAGCCCGAAGGAGGUUCACUCAAGCUAUUGGACCAAGGCUGGGCAAAGUGCUCCUGGAUGAGCUACUAUUGUGCCAAUCUCAACGUGAGCGAGAUUCACUACGUCACCUACGACGUAGCUGGCAAAUUGCCCGUGCUCACUACGACGGGAGACAAAAUCAGAUGCUACGUCACCUAUGUCUGCGGACAGCCUUGACUCGACCCAACAAUCUGAAUAGCUGAUUCCGAUGCAUUGGAUCUCGAAAGACCCCUCUGUACAUGGAUUGCCUUGUUGCCAUUGUGACGAGCGCAUCGAUGACGCCAUCCAUCCUGAAAACAAACGCGCUGAUCUUCUGCCACGUCUCGGAUCAUGAAGGGCUUUAUACUAGCCUACGGGUGCAUAGCCAUCAUCGUCCCAGCUCGGACAGAGAUCAUCAGAGGACAAUGUCACCCGAAGAACUGCGACGUCUUGCUUCAGGACCGGCAUUUAGACGGCUCUCUGACGCACCGAGGCUUUCACGUUUACGCGGUCGAUGGUGAGCUCAGACCGGCA